AUGUCUUUCCUUCAUGGAGUUUUAGAUAACAUUCAUCCUAAAUUAGGCUUACAUAAAAACACUUUAGAUACCGCACUUAACUCACUUAAAGACACAAAUCUUAAUGGUAUUGCUAAAUACAAGGCGGCGAUAGCCGCGGUGGCCGAUGGUGUACAUGACUAUAAUGAGAGAGUGGCAGCGUCGAAUGAGAGUGUUAGUGAUGUUAUUACUACAUUGCGUGAUAGUGUUGGACAGACUUUAACAGAUAAGUUGAAUGCCAUAAAUGAAAAUAAUGUUUCUCAGGACGCUGACCUUUCCAGUGCUGUGAAGUCGGCGGAGGCCUUGGUCAAGACGUAUGCUUCUAAAGGUACGGAUUUCAAAAAUGAUUUUCGUGAUAAAAUAUAUGACGAUUCCAGAGACGCUUCGAGUGGUAGACGCGCCGAAUACAGAAACGGCCUGCGUGUUAACAGGCCUGUGAAGUAUGAAGACAAGGAGGAUUUUAAGGACCUGAAUGCUGAGUUAAGAUUAAAAAUAGAGACGGCGAUCGAUAAUAUUGUUCAUGAAGGUAAGCGUCUCGGUGAACUGUCGGCCAAGGAAAAAACAGACUUGGGGGAAAUGAUUCAAACGAUCAAUGAUUCUUUGGGUGGGCUAAAGAGAUGUGUGACUAAGAAAAUUAAUGAGGAUGUUAUGGCUCUUGUUCGGCAGGUGAAGGAGAAGGUUACAGGAAUUUUCAAAUUGCUUAAGGAGAUUGAAAGGAAGCUGCGGGAUUAUUUGGAAGCUCUACGAAAGUGGAUUAACGAGACGGACAUUGAUGUGGAUGAGGCAAUGAAGGAGGUGAAAAAGAUUGCGCAUAAAGAUGUCGGGUGGCCAAAGGAUGAUGUAAUAAGGCAGAAAACAAAAGAAUUGAAAGAGAAGGGUGAAUAUGUUUUCGAGCAAUUUGAGAAUGCGAAGAAUCAAGUUGCUACUAAUGUAAACGCCGCGCUCCAGGCCGUGAAAACGAUGGACGCGCAGCUGAAGCAGGAUUUGUUUGGGGUGAGGGGGGAGAUAAAAGGGAAGGUGGAUGCUAUUACAAAGAGGAUUGGGGAGCUUGGGGAGGUGUUUAGUGAUCAAAAAGGCACUCCAAAAAACAUUGAUGAGGUGUUUGACAAGAUUAGGAAUAAGGUUAUUCAAAUUAAUGGGCAGGCGGGAGAUAAUGAUGCAUUUGCCAUGGGAUUCGAGGGCAUUAAAAAGGCUGUUAAGGAGUAUGCGGAGGGGUUUAGGGACGCAAAUUUUGAAAAUACAGUGAAGGGGUGGAUUCAGAAGAUUUUGGAAACAGAGACUAUUGUGAAAGAGAAAAUUGAUGGGUAUUUAAAAGACAACACGAGUCAACUGAGCACCAAUUAUAAUUCUUAUGGAACUACAGGAAUGAAUAUAAAUAUUGUUAGCAAAAUGUCCGCUAAAAUAAGGGAUGAGCUCAUUAGCGCUGUUAUUUCACCAGCUAACCUUAAAUUCCCUAAACUAGCAGUCAACGACAUGAAAUCCAAUGUGGAAUAUAUUCAAGGCGCCUGCAAGGCAUUCGCCGAAGAGCUUGAGACGGCGAUCAAAAAAGCUAUUAAGCUUGCAGAGGAACAGCCCGGCAGGAACUUUACGCUGUCGAUAACCAUAAAAGACAAAAUAAAGGCUGAUGUUUUGAAUCCGACAAGCUACGGCAAUGAAAAGUCCCAAUAUAAGCUUCAAGAAGCCAUCAAGCUUCUACUUCAUCAACUCGUCGGUGCGGCCAGAGGGGCAGCUAAGGAGCUCCACUCUUUAGCACUCGAGACCAGACCACCCGGGUCCAGCCCAGGAAGCAUUGCAGAGAAAAUAAAAGAAGCACAUACAAAUGUUAAGUCACUUAACGGUCAGCUUGACACGGCGACUGGGAAAAUCAGCGGCAGGGCGUCUGGUACCAACCCUAACCACGCCCAAGCCGUCGACAAAGCGAUCGAAGCGGUGGGCGCCACGCUCGAGCAGCAGUUGCCGAACGGCAGUGAUAAUACUCAUGUCAAGCUUAAGGACGCCACAAGUUUCAGCCGUUACAACACGCACGUCUCCCAAGACGAAGAGGCACUGAAAGCCCUUGCGUCCGGUAACCUAGAGAAUAUAAAAGGCGCCCUUCCAGAGGCGAUCAAGGGGAUCAGGACGCAGGUGGAGACGGACUUCCAAGCUGUGAAUGCCGCUACUAAAAAUAAGAAGGAAUUCGCAACAUUGUCCGAAGCCAUUACCUCCAAUCUGAAAUCUCUCACUGAUACCGUAUCACAGGUCGGCCAAAAAAUCAACGCCAAAUUGACUGAGCUUAAGAGUAAGAUCGGUAAAAAGGAACACGGUAAAUCUGCUACGGAUAACACACUUCAAAAAAUACAUGAAAAUCUUGAAAAACUACUGAACAAUGAAUUGAAUACAGCCAUCCAAAACACCGACAAUCUCCUUAAAAGUGAAGUUUCCAAAUACCAACAACAAUGCAUCCAAUCACUUGAAUCCCACGUGGACUCCGAAGUAAAAGAAGCCAUCGAGAAACUCACCACCCAGGCUAAUAAAAAAUUAUGUAACAUCUAUCAAAGAGAUGCUGAAUGCAUUCGCCGAUAG